AUGAACCCAUAUGAGGACUUGAGGUCCUCCACCGCUCACUUAUUGCUGUACCUUGGACUGUACGAACUGUUACAUGCACUAAUCAUAGACUGGGCCAUCCCCUGCAGCACACCAGGGGCACCAAAUGAAAGACAGCAGCUAACUGCGUUCCGGCUACCAGCCUGGAGGCUGA